AUGUCCCAUCAGCUGCCCCGGCAGCGACUCCUUCCCCGCAGCUCCCACCGGCCGUGGGACCGUGGAGGUCGGCGGAGGCCGGAGGCUAUUCUAAUUUUCUGUUGGGUUUAUGUGCGCAAGUAUCAGAGUCGGAGGGAAAGUGAAGUGAUUUCCACCAUAACAGCUAUCUUUGCACUGGCGGUCGCUCUUAUCUCGUCAGCGCUACUACCAGUGGAUAUCUUCUUGGUUUCAUAUAUGAAAAAUCAAAAUGGUACAUUUAAGGACUGGGCUGAUGCUAAUGUUUCAAGACAAAUUGAAGACACUGUACUUUAUGGAUACUACACUUUGUACUCCAUCAUACUGUUCUGUGUCUUUCUGUGGAUUCCCUUUGUCUAUUUCUAUUAUGAGGAGAAGGAAGAAGAUGAUGGCAACACAUGCUCACAGGUUAAAACUGCACUCAGAUAUACUUUGGGAUUCAUCACAAUUUGUGCAGUUCUUCUCUUAAUUGGUGCCUUUGUUCCUUUGGAUAUUCCCAACAAGAAGAAUUCCACAGAGUGGGAGAAAGUGAAGCUUCUGUUUGAGGAAUUUGGAAGUAGUCAUGGCUUGACAGCUCUUUCAUUUUCCAUUAGUUCCUUGACUGUGAUUGGAAUGUUGGCAGCUAUCACUUACACAGCUUAUGGUAUGUCGGCUUUGCCUCUAAACUUGAUUAAGGGAACUACCAGUGCAGCUUAUGAACGUUUAGAGAACACUGAAGAUAUUGAAGAAGUGGAACAACAUUUAUUAAGGAUUAAAUCAAAGUGCAGAGAUGGUCGUCCUCUGUCAUCAAGGGAUAGACGGGCUUUACAACAACUGGAAGAGAGACUAAGGACGCUUCGAAGAAGAGAGAGGCAUUUGGAGUCUAUUGAGAAAAGCUGGUGGACAAAGUUCUGUGAAGCUAUCCGACCUCUAAAGAUUGUAUGGGGAGUAUUCUUCAUCAUCGUGGCACUGCUCUUCACUGUCUCUCUGUUCUUGUCAAAUUUGGACAAAGCUCUGCAUUCAGCUGGCUUCGACUCGGGAUUUAUAAUUUUAGGAACUAAUCUGACCAAUCCACUGAAUAUGUUGUUACCUGUUCUUCAAACAGUUUUCCCUUUGGAUUAUAUUCUUAUUACAACUAUUGUUAUGUAUUUUAUCUUCACUUCAAUGGCAGGGAUUCGAAAUAUGGGUAUAUGGUUCUUCUGGAUAAGGCUUUAUAAAAUCAGACGAGGAAAAACUCGACCUCAAGCACUCUUGUUUCUGUGUAUGAUACUUCUGUUGAUAGUUCUUCAUACAAGUUACAUGAUCUACAGUCUUGCCCCUCAAUAUGUAAUGUAUGGAAGCCAAAAAUACCUGGUACAGAGUAAUAAGACAAUUGAUGGCCAGCCAGGGAAUGUGACAUUUGUAUCUAAAGACUGUGAUGCAGAUGCACCUGAAGAUCAGUGUAUUGUUACUCGGACAUACCUCUUUCUUCAUAAAUUUUGGUUCUUCAGUGCUGCCUAUUACUUUGGGAACUGGGCAUUCAUUGCAGUCUUUUUAAUUGGAUUAAUUGUUUCAUGCUGCAAAGGCAAGAAAUCAGUCAUUGAAGGUGAAGUGGAUGAUGAUGAUUCAGACAUGAGUGAUGACGAACUAUCUGCUUAUUACCGUUGAUAGUUUUUUGCCUUCAAGAUGAAAAAAUGUAAUAUAAAGUUAUGUUGAAAGUCAUACCCAUGUGGAAUUGGUAUCUAAAUAAGCAUCCUUGCACUUGUAAAAAUAGAGGAAAUAAGAGUAAUCACUUAAAGGGGUCAAAAAAUCAAUAUCUCUUUUUGAGUAUCACUUGUAUAAGAACAUAUCAAAGCUGAAUAAUAUAUAGAAAAUAUUGUUUUAUGAUUAAACAUACAUGUAACUUUCUGAUGUAUAAUUUGAACUACUGUAACCAUUUCAUAAUUCAAGAUGCUAUUUUGUUAAGUUUUCUUAAAUACUUUCAUGCC